AUGUCAGAUAGUGAGGAUUCACGAGAUAAUGAUGACUUCGUCAUGCCUGCUAUGGAGUUUGAAGAAGUGGUAGUCGAAGAUUCACCCACUCCCGCCGAAUCAAACCCCGAAGAAUCCGCUCCUGCCGAUGAAUUCUUCUUCCCGUUGUUUUCACAAACAGAGACCGCUAUUACCCUUACCGAGGAAGCGGAACCCGAAAUCAAUAACGAGCGACCGCAUAGUUAUUACUACGUUGACUAUUCCGAUGCCGAUCGAGCCAGAUUCCACGCAGUCGCGGUAUCGGGGUCAGACGUCAUUGCCGCAGCCAGGCAACCUGCCAGCACCCUCCUUGUGGCCUUCCAGCAGUCCCGAGUAUUUGACAUAACCGCCCACAAUCGCAAAAUUGAUGCUGCACGGAAAAAGAAGAAACGGGCAGGCAAGAAUAAGCGACUAGGCCUCAAAGCGUGUCGUGAGAGAAAGCAACAGCGAGAGAAGGAAAUCAAGAAGAUUCAGCGACAAGCAACCCACCUGCAUCAAUUUAAAAGAGCCCGGUCAGCAAAUGCUAAACCGGUGGUCAACAAGAGACCCCGGUUUGCCACCGAGUAA